UCACGUUGGUGCGUCAUGCGGAAACUGUCGCCAGUAGCAGAUUGCCUUCACCUCCAGCUGUACAGAGAUAGCAAGGAUAGAUACAAACAGGGUCAAACCAAAGCCUCGUUGUCACUUCAACAUUUUUUAGCCGUAGAAUCAGGAUUUACAUUAGAUAAGGAGUCCAAUACGAUAGCGAUAAUCUGCCAAGACGUGACUGUGGUACUAGCCUUCGAUACCCGGGAACGUUUGAUACAAUGGCAGGUCAAAAUAGCCAACAAUCUGGGCGAAGACCAGCAGUUCCUGAUCCAGAUUUCGUCGGCGCCCGCCCGCACCAAGAUCGCGACGGGGCCGGCGCGGCUACACGUGCAAGAGCACCGCUUCUGUCUGGCACAGGGGGUGCCGCCAAGGCUCAUCGGGUGCUGGCAGAUAUCACAGCUCAGGAAGUACGGCGUGGUGGAGAACCGUUUCUGCUUCGAGGGGGGCUCGCGGUGCGGGCGAGGGGAGGGGGUGUUCGUGCUGGUGACUGACGAGGGUGACGAGAUCUGUCGUGUGCUGACGCUGGCCGCUGAUGGCAAACUCAACACGCAGCGCAGGCCCCACUCACGUCAGAGGAAUGCGUCAGUGUGCGAGAGUCCGCGCAAACAGCGGGAGUCGUCGCGCUUGCUGGCGACGGAGGCGUGUGCUAGUGGCGGAGGCGGGACACAGUGUGGCUGUAUGGCCGGGGGCGGUUGCACUGUGGAGGCGGCGACUGUGUGGCCAUCGGCGGAGACCAGUUGCUGCGACUAUGGCGACACCACCUCUGUCGCCGAGUUCAAUGAUAAGAUGGACGGUAGAGUUGGAGGGGACGUGGGGGGCCUGGAGCGAUGCAUGAGCUGCAUCAGCAAAUUGGGAGCGAUGAGUCGCUCGUCUACGGCCGCGUUCUCAGGCACUGCUGCCAACACCCUCUCCACCAACUUCACACCUGCCUGGACCAUGGAGGCCCAUCAGAUCACAGUGAACUGUCAACAGAAUCUACAAGAAAUUUCGCAUUCCAAUUUUGACGAGUACUCCGUGCCAAAUCCUCUAAAUGAUGAAAACAGAAUGGUUCCCGUCACAUGUCAGUUCUGCCCUGUGCCGCUGGGAGCACCACCGUCGCGUCCCCCCAAACCAUCUCAACUGGGAGGGGUGGAUGCUGGUGGCGCGGGAGGGGGCGGGGGUGAUUCACCCCUCAAAAAGAAACAGAGAAAGCCGCCAAUGCCUCUUCCCCACCCGCACCCCACAAAUCAUCAGUGUCAUCAUCAUCAUCAUCAAAUUGCUGACUCUGCCAACGCUUUCGAAAACUACGAUUUUCCCAGGCAUUCGCAUGCGACAGGACAAAAGGAUGAGUGCCAAGUGGAUGAUUACUAUGACACACCAAAAAACAUGAAAGAAUGUUUGGAGCAGAAUUAUGGCAACUAUGACACGCCUCCGCCUCCAGCCGCCCUUCCCCUACAGCCGCUGCAUGCUUGCAACAGGAAUAUGCUGGAAAGCGAAGCCAGGAGAGGGUCGCUGAUAUGUCCGUGUCACAGAAUGUUCGGCUGGGCUGAGAGCUGGAUGCUUCUGCCCUACUGCAGGCGUGGCAAUGGCAUUGAAAAUACCUCCUUACCCUUCCACAAGGUGAAACUAGACGGCGAAGGUCGCAUGCCGGUGGUGAAUAAAAGCGGUGAGGUGGCUAUCUAUGCCACCGUCAACAAACUGAAGAAGACCUCGAAGAAUGCCCCGUCCAACGACUCGACCGUCCGUCGACCCUCCGAAAAUAGUGUCGACGAAACUGCCGGCUCCAACUACGUUAACGUUGAACUGGGCGGAAACGUUGAUAUCGGCAGCAAUAAUUCGCACAACUACGCCAAUCUGGAGUUUGCCCAAUCACUCGAGUACUACGAGAACGUGCGCGAUUUGAAGCGUCCGUCUGCUGAAGAUUGCGGCAAAUUCUGUGCGAAAUGUGGACACACUAAUGUUAGUAAGGUCGGGGGUGGGGGAGGAGACAACAGUAAGGACGAUUAUCUCAUGAUGGAACCGAUGGAGGGGAAGAAGGAGGGGAAAAAUGGUGGUUCAAACUUCCCGGGCUACCUGCCAAUGCUGCCAAUAUCGCAGCAGGGAGGUGGCAGUUGUGCCAACCUGACCGAAAAGGCUGCCAGUGUUCCGAGUCUGGUGUCGUCAGAUGUGCGCAUGCGCAGUAGAAUGCGCAGUGAGUGCUGCGCAGUGGUGAGUGGUGUUCAGUCGGCCAGCUCUAGUCCGUAUUUGAAGCGCAUGCGCAGUGGCGAGGAUUGUGCUGCAAUGCGUAAACGGUCGAGUUCGGCCGAUUCGACUCGAUACAUCGAUAACAAUUUGGAAUCGAUAACUGAGCGAACGGUGUCGUCGGGUAGUUCCACUCAGGUGAACAAUUCGGUGGACUCGCUGUGUAGUCAGAGUGGGAAGACUGAUGCGUCUGUGGGCUUGUCAACAAACUCUUUGUACUGUAAGAAUGGGAACACUAAUGCAUCUGUAGGCUUGUCUUCGAAUUCAUUAUGCUGUCAGAAUGGGAAUACUAAUGCAUCUGCGGGCUCAUCGCUGUCAAAUAGUGGUGUGAUGUGCAAUCAGAUUGGGAAGACUGAUGCGUCUGUGGGCUCACUGUGUAGUCGUAGUGGCAACACUCAUAUGUCUGUGGGCUCAUCGCUGUCCAAUUUUUUGUGCACUGAUAGUAUCGGUGGAAAGACUGUACGCAUGACUUCAAGCUCAUUAUGUAGCUUGAACAGUUGUGGCAACAAGACUAACCCGUUUGUGAGCUCGUUGCUAGCUAACAAUGGUGUGUUGUGUGGCGAAAAUGCUACAAACAAAAUGUACGAAAAUGUGUCAUCGAGUACAUUGUGUAAUGGAUCUAGGGGAGAAAGAGAUCAAUUGUGUAAUGGGUCAGGAGUGGAAAGAGACCAAUUGUGUAAUACAGAAAGAGACCUGGCUGCUACACCAGUCAACGACGAAGAGGAUCUGUUGAGAGGAGGAAGCAGUGACUCUUUGCGCACUCUGGUGGGAGGCAACGCCCCGGUUCACAUUCGCCGAGCGUCCUCGUCGAGCAUCCCUUGCCACAAGUCAUCCUCGGGCGGCCACAAUCGCGACUCGUCCUCCUCAAACGACUCAGGCGUGUCUGUGGCCUCGCUUCAGCGUCGCGGCGCCGAUUUCGCCGAGUUUGAACUGCCGCUAACAACUGCCCGGUCCUCGCGCCGACAUCUAGCCGCGGUGUUGCCACGUUUUGGCCGCUCUUGCGGCGUUGCUACGUUGCCGCGUCGCUCGCGGUCCUCCGACGAUCCACUGCAGGCGUUGCAGUUCCAAUUCCAGCAGCGGCUGCAGGGUGGGGGCGGCUUGGGGGCCCUUGGUGGCGGGUUAGGGGUGGGGGUGGCUGCUCUGCCCGCCAAGUCGGCCUCUGCCGAAGCUGAGGUGCCGCUCUACUCUGUGAAACGCGAUGCCUUGCGAGGCUGUGUAAGUCCGGCCGGGGACUUAGUUUUGGCGGCGGCUUAUUUGGACUCGCGAAGCACAAGCAGCGGGACUUCGGACAUGUCUGACUACUUUGAGACGUUGUCUCUCUCCUCCUACAGCUCGUCGGAUACGCCAGACAGUUUAAGGCUGAGUCGUCCAGCAGCUACCACGUUGCGACCGCGGUCGGGCAAGGAGUACCAGAAGAUCGACCGCUGCAGUGUUAUGGAGCCCACCAAUACUGCUUUCAAAAAGCCAGCUUUUGGUGCAAUAACCGAGAAAACAGAAAUCCCUCCUCCUGACUGCUCAAAAUAACCGAACCUCAAUUAAACUCAGUAGUGACACUUCACACACCAACCGAACUGAUCCCAUGCCAAACAGUCGAUAGAAAGCAAUUAUUUAUAUAACUUAUAAGUAUAAAAUAAUGUAGCAGUUGUGUGUAAUGUACGCAAUACAAUAGAUAAUGAUGUCCGAGCUUAUUCUUAAUUAUUCUUCUUUGAAAAUAAAUUAUCUGUGAUAAUAGUUACAAUGAUUUUCUAUUAAUAGAUACUGUGAUAAUGCUAGCGAUAAUUAUUGAAAUAGAAUUGGUAUUGUUUGUGUAUUUAUUUUACUUUCAACAAAGUAUGCCACUUUUAAGUCGAAGAGCAAAAUCUCUAUUGUUGCAAUAAUAUAAGAAUCAAGAAACCCUGAAUAGAAUAAAAAUAUGUAAUUCGUAGUUUAUCAUUUUUAAUUCGAUUCAUGGAAUUUUGUUUAUUUCUCAAAAUUAUUUAAUUCUGUAUCAGGGUAAUUAACAACUAAGUCAGUUAUUCUUAUGUAGAGUUGGAAGCUAUUAUUUUGAGUUAUUUAUUAUAUUGUUGUUUUUUUAAGAAAUUAACUUAUAAGCCACUCUGUGAGUUUCCAACAGUCUUAUUGCAAGUUCUUAUGUAGAGUUGGAAGCUAUCAUUUUGAGUUAUUUAUUAUAUUGUUGUUUUUUUAAAGAAAUUCUUAUAAGCCACUCUGUAAGUUUCCAACAGUCUUAUACUUGCAACCGUGUUGUCUUGAAAGCAAUAAUAUUACUUAUUGACUAGUAGAAAUAGGGCAUAUUAAGGUGCGUACAGACUUAUGCGCCACGAACAUGCGCAUUUCACUUUUAAUCAGCUGAUAUGUCAUGCCUAUUAUAUCUGUAUCUUACUGUUUCUGUAAAAAUACAGAU